AUGGUUGGUGGGCGCGUGUUGUUUAAACGCUAUAGGAAUAUUCUAAGGAUUUUGUGGGAUUAUGCUCCAUACCAUCCAAAGCUACUUAGGAGUUGCUUCGAUUUCAGUGAACCUCCAGGUUCAGGCUUCUUCAGGAUGAAAGCAUCCAGGGUAUACAAGAAGCAAACACUUCAGCAGAGAGGAUGCAAGGCCCUGUGUUGCAGUUGCAGACUAAGUGUCUCUUCUUCCGAGGAAGCUGAGAGCUCAAAUUCUGAUAGGUUUGCAUCAAUCUCAAGCCUGGCACAUGCGAUGGUACAAGAGAGACUAGACCAGAUGAUUAGAGAAAGGAAGGAGGCAAGACAAAGAGAGAGAAGAAGAAGAUUAAGAAGUGACGGGACCAAGUUUAUAGUAAUGGUAGCCAUGGAGAAAAGCUCCUAUGACCCAAGAGAAGAUUUUAGAGAGUCCAUGGUUGACAUGAUCAUGGCAAACCGGCUACAAGAACCAAAAGAUCUUCGUAGUCUGUUGAAUUAUUACAUGUCAAUGAACUCUGAAGAGUAUCAUGGAAUGAUACUUGAAGUUUUCCAUGAGCAUAAUUAUAUGUGGGAUAUUUCAUGGAAUGUAGGAAUCAGUGGUUUGGAGUUGACCAGAUUUGAAAGAUGUAGAGAUCUUCCAAGGUAUGGCUGGAAUACGUUUACAGAGAGGGAUGUUGUGGAGCAAGUAAUUAUUGUUGCCCCAAAUGAUACCAUCAUCAUGGCCACAGAGAGGAACAGAAACGUGAAGCUUAACAUCAACUUAUUUGGAAGUGUAUGCUUGAAAUCUUUAAAUCGAAACGGUGAUGUUAGGAUAGAGAGAAAUGUAACUACUGAGGUCAAAGCAAAUGUAAGGGAGAGUACGUCUGUCACUGUGAAAACCACAAAUAAUGGUUUGUUGAGGAGGAGAGGAACACCAGUACUUUCAUCUGGACCUCCUGGAACUGUGUAG